AUGAAAGCACAACGAAUUUUAAUUCUCACCGUGUUUGCUCUUUUCGCUUGGAUGGCGUUGAUGGUUCAAGCCAAUCUCUCAACAACAACACAAUUGGAGGCUGAUCCGAUGGUUGAUAUUUCUGCUACAAGUAUCAAGAAGGAAGAUCCUCUCGCCGAACAAUUUAGACACGUUCUGAAGCAAGAUUCCAAACUCCGAGAUGAUAUCAUGAAUCGAUUUCAGGAAUAUUUGAGAGUUCCUACACAACAACCAAAACCACAAUAUACCAAAGUGGUUGAUUUCCUUUUAGAUUGGACACGAAGAAUUUUCAAUGUUAAAGAAAACGAAUUGGUUGAGCGUCAAGUUUCUCCUCGUCUCAGAGUUGCGGAGAAUGAUCAAAUUAAAUAUUAUAUUUAUUCGUGCAAGCCUGAGAAGCCUUCAUUCAUAUUGACAUGGAAAGGAAAGAGUCCACAAAAGGGAUCAAUUAUGAUUAAUAGUCAUACAGACGUUGUGCCCGUCGAUAAAGAUCAGUGGAAGUAUCCACCAUUUGAUGCUGAAAUGGUUGAAGAAUCAACUGGAAGAAGAGUUUAUGCUCGUGGAGCACAAGAUAUGAAAUGUGUUGGUUCUGCAUAUUUGGAAGCCAUUGACCGAUUGGUUCAGUCUGGAUAUCAACCUGAUAGAAACUUGCAAGUCGUUUUUAUUGCUGACGAAGAAAUUGGUGCAGUUGAUGGAUGGGAAUGUUUGUCUCACGAUAAACAAAUGAUGAGCGAAUUGAAUAUCACUUUUGGAUUGGAUGAAGGACUUGCCAGUGGAGAAAAUGAAGAUGUCAUUCCAAUUUAUUAUGGUGAAAAUGUUGCGUGGUGGUUUGAAAUUACUGCUGUCGGUAAUGUUGGACAUGGCUCUCAAUUUAUCAAGGAUACCAGCACUGAAAAGAUUCACAAAUUGCUUCGUGAUAAGGUAUUCCCGCUCAGAGAACAGCAACAAUUGCAAAUGAGACUGCAAACCAAGAACCCCAGAGAAAAAUCACAACCAAGCACAGUGGUGACUAUUAACUUGACUGGUCUCAGAGCAGGUCAUACAAGCAAAGAGACUGGAGAUUUCACGAAUCCCAAUGUCAUUCCAAGAACUGCAACUGCAUUGUUCGACAUGAGAAUUCCUCCACAUAUUGACUUGGUUGAAACUGAAGCCAUGCUCCAAGAAUGGGCCAAUUAUGUGAAUGGAACCAUCAGAUUUAUUGAACAGCCUAAAGUUAACCCAAUUACUGAUCUUACAGAUGCAACUGUGAAGAAAUUCUUAAACAUUGUCAAUGACAGAAUGAAGACUGAAUUGAGAAUUUUCCCAGCAGCAACUGAUGCUCGUUAUCCAAGAAGAUUGGGCAUCAAUAUGAUCGGUUACAGUUUCAUGCCAAAUACCAAAGUGUUGUUGCAUGACCACAACGAAUAUCUUGACGAAUCAGUUUAUUUGGAAUCAAUUGUGCACUACAUUGCUAUCAUCAAGAGACUGCUUGAUGAGUAA